AUGGAGAAUUGUUGGGCCCUUAAAUAUAAGGUGCAAGAAUUAUUGGAUUCUAAGGCCAUUCAGUUCACCCCGGAUAAUGGACCGAAUGUUAUUCAAAAUCCGAAGCCAGCUCAUGUCGGACCUACAAUUAAUGUUGUGGGAGAGGGUGAGAGUAUGAAUUUGAUCAUGGAUGUGAAUGUGGUGUCUACUCCUCUUCCAUGUGUUAAGAGUUACCUGAUCCAAAAUGGUAUUUUUCCUGGGUGUUCCCCAGAUUGUUGUGAGUGCCAGAAUCAGCCUGAGGGAUGUGUUAGCUUGAAGAUUAGGAUUCAGAAUUUGAUAAGUGAAGGUAUUCUACAGUGUGACAGGAUCGUGAAAGAAGAGAAAGUUGAAGAGAAAGAUGUGGCGGUAAUUUCUAUUCCAUAUACUCCUGCGAAUAUUCAAGCGCCUGUUAGGCCUACUCCCUUGACAAUCACGUUGACUUGUCCUAUUUUUUACUCCAGCGAGAAUCAUAUGCCUUGGCAUUAUGGGUCAUAUGUUUAUUACCAUGGAGUAAAGCAAGAAGGGAAGCUUUCUGAAGACAAACCAAGUGAAGACACAAGUUUGAAUGUUGACAACUUUGCCGGUACAAGAAGAAUUACCAGAAGUGGUAGGGUAUAUUCUCCACAAAACGUCCAAGAUAAUGUUGAUGCCUUCGCGAAAUCCAAGGUACCUGGAACUUCCUCGUCUCAAGAAGUUGAAGAGUUAUUGAGAUUAAUCAGGAAAAGUGACUACAAAGUGAUAGAUCAUCUAAUCCAGACGACGUCUAAAGUUUCAAUAUUGUCCUUGUUGUUGUGUACUGAAGCUCACAUGAAUGCCCUGAUGAAAUUAUUGAGUUAUGCUUUUGUGCUGCAAAACAUCACUGUCAACCAGUUAGAAGGGGUUGUGGCAAGUAUUUCAGCUGAUAACGAUUUGAGUUUUACAGAUUUUGAUCUCCCUCCAGAAGGACGCAAUCAUAAGAAAGCCUUGCACAUUUCUAUGGAAUGCAAAGGAACUACAUUAUCCCGUGGGUUGGUGGACACCAGAUCAUCGUUGAAUGUGUUACCUAAGUCUGCCCUAAUGAAGAUUGACUAUGCAGGAGUUGAAUUACACCCAAGCGACUUGAUAGUCCGGGAUUUUGAUGGGUCUCGAAGAGCUGUUUUUGGUGAGGUAGACCUACCUGUUAAAAUUGGACCCCAAGUUUUUGGUGCGACAUUCUUCGUCAGGGACAUACAUCCUGCAUAUUGUUGUUUUCUUGGAUGCCCGUGGAUUCGUGGGGCAGGCAUUGUAACAUCUACAUUGCAUCAUAAAAUGAAGAACUUCGCAACAACUUGA